AAACCCUUGUCUCCCUUGUUUCUCUCUCCUUAGCAAGAGGGCCGACUCUUUUUUCUUCUCCAUCUCAUCUCCAUAAGAACCACCAAAUUGAUGGCCACUGCGAUUCUUGUUUCUCUGAUUCUCAGCGAUUCUUUUUGUUGUCUAUUCAUUUAUUCAAUUUUUAUUUCCUCUGCUUAUGAAUUUCUUCCUCUGGGUUGUGUUAGGGUUCGGAGGACAGGAAGAAAGUAAAGAAGCAUCCGAUCUGAAACGAAAAUUCGGAUUGUACGGGCUCUUAGUCUUCGACUGGAUAUGCAAAUUAGUUUCUAUUUCCACCAACUUGUUGAUCUUCUCUCUAUGUUUUUAAAGCUUCAAUCUUUAAGCUUGCAUGUUACAGAUCUUAAAUGUUUAACUCUGAUGGAAUUUUGUUUAUGUUUUUUUGAGAAAUUUGGGUAUUAUUUAAUUUAGGAUUACGGUAAAUUGAAGUUUUGAUUGCUUGAUUUUGGAGGAGAGAGUUGCAUCGGUCGGAUUGCAAUGUUUGCAUCGGUCGAUCAUUCCGAAGAUGAUGACAGCGAGGAAGAGGAUGAGGUAAUUAGCCGAAUCUUUGAGUUAACACUGCAGUACAUGUGCAUCUUCUAAAAAUGGAGUGAUGAAAAACGAAAAUGGAGGUGUAAACCCAGACCAUUGCAAAAUGUUUGAGCUUACCCACGUCCACGAUAAUGAAAAACCUGAUGAACCGAAUUCUAAAGCUAUUGCCUUGAUGAAGGACAAGAUUGACAAGAUGAAGACUACAAAGAGGGCAUCCCAACUUCCAGAGGUUCUUAAUGAUUUUGAAAUCAAUGAAGUAUAUGCGUCUGUGCUUGGAAAAGAGACACGUGGAGGGGUGCGAGGAUUUGGCAUUGGAGCCAUACCUGAACAAGUUCCUAGUGUACUAGUGCAGAAGUGAUGUGUUCAUUUAGAGGUACAAGCAAUGAGAGAACAACAUAAGGCUUGAGAUUGAAACGAUUCAGAAGGAGAGCCAAGAAAAGGAAGAUAAGCAUAAAUGAACAAACGAACUUUGGCCACAAAAGAUAAAUUUCAAAAUAUGGAGAUUGCAAUGAAAAAACAGGAAGCUCUUAUGGCUUUGUUUCUUGGGGCAUAUGAGUCAAGUGAUAUGCUUGCUGCAGCUUUAAGAACGAAGGGUGGUUCUCUCCAACCAUCGAUGUGCCAUAUUCAAUCUUCAUAUGAGCAGAACUUGGAUGAUGUUUUUUACAUACCACAUUGCUCUGAAGAAUUGCAGCAGCAAGUUACCAGAAAUUGAGGCACACUUCAGACUUCACCUUUUGGUUAGUAACAAUUGUGCUUAAGGCCUCUGUGUGUUUGUUGUUUAGGACUUAAUUUAUGAUCUCUCUAGUAUAUUGGUGGUAGCUACUUGAUCAUGGGAUAAGUGCACAGCAGCUUUUAAGUUUAGCUUCAUAGGCAGAUUUAGGUUUUGGAUGUAUAUUUGUGAAGUCUGAUUUAGUUUAAUAGUGUUCAACUACUAUUUGGACUCUAUAAUAGUUUGUGUAUAUCUGUCAGGUAUU